GAAACACCAUUUCAGCCCGGAUGGUGAAGAUUCCAGCUUGAGAGACCAGCUCGGGUCUGAAGUGUUUCUCUGACUAUCUGCUGUGCUAAGACCUCUCCUUCUCGAACCCUUCUACGCCUUUGCAUACGCUGUUUUCUCCAUCUGCCACGUUCUCACCCCUUCUUUUGCUGCAAACUCCUAUGCAACCGUCAAGGCCCCAUUCUCCUCUGGAAAGCCUUCCGGAUCCCCUUGGCAACAACAACCAUCAAUAUUUAUUCGCUGAGCCCGCUUCGUGCCAAGCAUUGUUCUAGACACGGAGAGGAGGAAGCUCCUGCCGGCUGAGCGGGCCCUGGAGGAAGUGAACAGCGGGGCUCCUGCCUCCUGGCCUGGUCCCCAAAGCCCCCAGAAGAACCCGGAACCUGCUUUCAUUCGGAACCCAGGGACCACACUUUGCACCCAGUAGGCCUUCGUUCUCCUGCGUGGAGAAAGUGGUUGGGAUUGGGAGGUGAUGGAGCUGGAGUCCUUGUAUGACCUGCUGCAGCUCCCCAAGGGGGUGGAGCCCCCAGCGGAGGAGAUGCUCUCACAAGGAGGAAAGAAGAGAUACCUGCCACCGACUUCCCGGAAGGACCCCAAAUUUGAAGAACUGCAGAAGGUGCUGAUGGAGUGGAUCAACACCACUCUCCUCCCCGAGCACAUUGUGGUCCGCAGCCUGGAGGAGGACAUGUUCGACGGGCUCAUCCUGCACCACCUAUUCCAGAGGCUGGCGGCACUCAAGCUGGAAGCAGAGGACAUCGCCCUGACAGCCGCAAGCCAGAAGCACAAGCUCACAGUGGUGCUGGAGGCCGUGAACCGGAGUCUGCAGCUGGAGGAGCGGCAAGCCAAGUGGAGCGUGGAGACCAUCUUCAACAAGGACCUGCUGUCCACCCUGCACCUCCUUGUGGCCCUGGCCAAGCGCUUCCAGCCCAGCCUGUCCCUCCCAACCAACGUCCAGGUGGAGGUCAUCACCAUUGAGAGCACCAAGAGUGGUCUGAAGUCAGAGAAGUCGGUGGAACAGCUCACUGAAUACAGCACAGACAAGGACCAGCCUCCGAAGGACGUCUUUGAUGAAUUAUUUAAGCUGGCUCCGGAGAAAGUGAAUGCAGUGAAAGAGGCCAUCGUGAACUUUGUCAACCAGAAGCUGGACCGCCUGGGCCUGUCUGUGCAGAAUCUGGACACCCAGUUUGCAGACGGGGUCAUCUUACUCCUGCUGAUUGGACAACUUGAAGGCUUCUUCCUGCACUUAAAGGAAUUCUACCUCACUCCCAACUCUCCUGCGGAAAUGCUUCACAACGUCACCCUGGCGCUGGAGCUGCUGAAGGAUGAGGGCCUGCUCAGCUGUCCCGUCAGCCCUGAAGACAUCGUGAACAAGGAUGCCAAGAGCACACUGCGGGUGCUCUAUGGCCUGUUCUGCAAGCACACACAGAAAGCACACAGGGACAGUACGCCCCGUGGAGCCCCGAAUUGACCCUCACUACCCCCAAAGCCCAGAGCCUGCCUAUCAGCUCAGCUGGAGGGCCCGAGGCCGCAGGGGUUCCUCCCACAGUCCCGCUGUUUCCUGUGCAUUCGUGACCCGCUUCCCUCCCACCCUGUCUCCUGUCUCCAUCAUCAGAUGAUCUCUGAACCCCCUUGUGUGGAUCAUUUUGAGCUGCCUGGCCUUGCUCAGUUUAUUUUAAUAAAAGUAUUUCUGGGAGGGA